AUGCAUGGUAGAUCUUCACAUAUGUCAAAAAGCAUCCUUAGAACGCACGAGAUAUUUUAUGUUAUAGUUUUCAAGAUAUCAGAGUGGAAAAAAAGCCAUGACAUCAGUAACGCAGAAUUCUAUUGGGUGAUCAAUGUGCAAGCAUUACUCCGCUAUGCUUCGGACAAUAAUACCAAAACGUGGAAGCACAUUAUCGCGGCGGCAUCACCAAUUGAGCUUGAUUAA